AUGUCUGAUCAUGAUCGGCAAGCCAAGAAAGCAAAAGUUUUUAGUACAUGGUACAAGAAAAAAGAUUCAGCUCAGUUAAUUGAACGGAAUAGGCCAAAUAGCAGUGCACCUCUUGCAUCUGAUAAGCAUCAACAUGUUACUUCUCCUAUAAUCCAGCCUAGAGAUUUUGUUCCUAUUGGAGUAACUGGACUUGCAUCAGAUACUGACAUAGAAUCUGUUCCUAUAGUUGAAUCAGCAAUACCAGAGACUAGAGAGAAUGUCCCUACUUUUGAUUCAACAUCUACAGAAUUUACUCCUACUCCGCGACCGCUAGCAUGCAAUGUUAACAGUACAAUGAUCAAUGAGCAACCUGAUGUUAUAUCUGAGACUCUUGAAGAUACAUAUUUUGAUGUUGGUGAUUUAGAACGAGAUCCGGGGAAACGAAAGCAAAUAUAUGAAUAUCCUAUUAAUCAGCGAGACCGAAUUCGACGUGCUUAUAUAAACUUGGGUCCAUAUCAUCAUAAACUUUUUGAGUAUCCAAGAGUUCGGUCAGGAAACCAGUAUCGUCGGUUCAAUUAUUCUUGGUUCCAAUAUUGGCCGUGGUUAGAGUAUUCACAUUCUAAGAAUAAAGUAUUUUGCUUCCCCUGCUUUCUUUUUGCAAAGGGUCCAAAAGUUAAUCCUGCACUGACUACUGAUGGAUUUAGUGACUGGAAAAGAGUUCGAGAUGGAAAAAAUUGUGUAUUUUUAAAUCACAUUGGAGGUCCAUGCUCAUUGCAUAAUAGUUGUGUGAAAUGCGUUGCGGAUUUGAUGAAAGCACCUCAACAUGUAGACAUAAUUCUAAACAGACAAAGCAGAGAUGAGAUUUUGAAGAACCGGCUAAGACUCAAGACAACCAUUGAAUCUGUUCGUUACCUUGCAUAUCAAGGGUGUGCUUUUCGGGCUCAGGACGAGUCUUUAGGUUCCAAAAACCGUGGUAAUUGUGUUGAACUUAUAAAGCAUACAGCAAAGUUUAGUCCGGAAGUUGCUAAAGUUGUUUUAGAAAAUGCCCCAAAAAAUGCUACAUACACCUCACCCACAAUUCAGAAGGAGAUUUUGAAUAUUCUAGCAAACAAGGUGAGAAUGCACAUUCGAGGAGAAGUUGGAGAUUCUAGAUUUUGUAUUCUUGUUGAUGAAGCACAAGACUCAGCUCAUAAAGAGCAAAUGGCUAUUAUUUUGAGAUUUGUCGACAAAGAGGGUUUUCUAACAGAACGGUUUUUUGAUAUUGUGAUGGUUGAAGACACUACUGCCGAGACACUUCAUCAAGAGAUAUCUAAAGUUCUUCUCCAUCAUAAUUUGCAAGUUGAAAGAUUAAGAGGUCAGGGGUAUGAUGGUGCUAGUAAUAUGAGAGGUGAAUGGAAUGGGUUGCAGGCAUUAUUUAUGAGGGAUUGCUCAUAUGCAUAUUAUGUACAUUGUUUCGCCCAUCAGUUACAAUUGGUCUUGGUUGCAGCUUCAAAAAAAGUUGAUCCUAUUUGGAAAUUCUUUUCUUCCUUGAGUUCUAUUGUCAAUGUUAUUUGUGCUUCUCCAAAACGUCAUACUGAAUUUCAUGUUGCUCAAGUUAUGCAUAUUACAGAAUUGGUUAUAGCAGGUGAGCGUGGAACAGGUAGAGGACUCAAUCAAAUUGGUACCUUGCAUAGACCUGGAGCUACCCGUUGGGGUUCUCAUUUUACUUCAGUGUGUGACUUGAUAGAUAAAUAUGAUGCAACUUGUACCGUUCUGGAAUUUAUUAUGGAUGAUAAAACCACAGAGUCUUUACGUGCGGAGGCUGAUGGUGCUUACAAUGCAAUUAGAUCAUUUCAGUUCAUAUUCAUCUUGCAUUUGUUGAAAAAAAUGAUGGGACUUACUGAUAUCUUAUGUCAAAAGUUGCAGCAAAAAUCUCAAGAUAUUUUGAAUGCUAUGAACCUGGUGGAAAUUACAGUGAAUUCUCUUCAUAAGUUAAGAGAAGACGGCUGGGAAGAUUUUCUUGAAAAAGUUGUGUCUUUUUGCAGAAAGCAUGAUAUAGAUAUUCCUGAUAUGGACGGUCAAUUCAAUAUGAGUUCACGUCGCCAUAAUUGUCAACAAAGAAAUAUAACAACUGAGCAUCAUUAUCGUGUUGACCUAUUUUAUGCUGCAAUAGAUUUCGAGUUGGUAGAAUUAAAUGGCAGGUUCAAUGAAAGAACAAAGGAACUUCUUAUUCUUAGCUCAUCUCUGGACCCUGCAGAUGGUUUUAAGGCAUUUAACCUUGAUAAUAUUUGCAAACUUGCAGAGAAGUUUUAUCCUCGAGAUUUCUCUAAACAAGAGUUGCAUCGCUUGAGAAGCGAGCUGACAAUUUAUGAGUCUGAUGUUCCUCAUGAUGAUGUGCUCAAGAAUGUUACUACUCUUGCUGAAUUAUGUCAAGGAUUAUUUGAAACAAAAAAAUCAAUGACAUACCAAAUGAUUGAUCGGUUAAUUCGUCUUGUUUUGACUUUGCCAAUUUCCACAGCAACUACAGAGAGAUCAUUUUCAGCUAUGAAACGUAUCAAAACAAUGUUGCGCAACAAGAUGGAGAAUGACUUCUUGGCUGAUAACAUGAUUGUCCACAUCGAAAAGGAAUUGGCUGAGAACUAUGAUGCAGACUCAAUAAUUACAGAAUUUGCUUCUAUUCAAGAGCGAAGAGUGCAAUUUGACUAG